AUGGAUCAGAACAGCUUGGACUCUUCCCGGGUCAUCCUCCAAGGGCCCGGUAAUUGGAAGCUAUGGAUCAACAUCAUCCAGCAGUUCGCAACAGCCUACAACAUCUGGGAGCUUAUCAAGGAUCUCAAACUGCUACGGUCAGCCUAUAUCCCGGAGUUCCAUACCAGUCUAGUCACCCUAGAUCUCAUGCUUGAGAAGGGAUACAAUUGGAACCCAACUACUGGCUUUGUAUUCAAGAGAACAACAACCCUCUUCUAUACAAGACGAAUCCAUCGUCAACAGAUCAUCGAAUUCAACGACGUUGAACUAAAGAGGGUCCAACCAGCCAUACAACCAGCUCUUCAACCUGUCGAAACAGCCGCAACAGCAUUUUCCUCCUCUUCUACCCCGAGGCCCACACAGACAGCCGAGGCAGACCUAUGGCAUCAAGGGCUAGGUCAUUUAAACCCGGCUGCUCGAGAGCACCUUGUUGAACAAACCAAGGGAGCCUGGAUCAAGGGACCUAUCCGUAUCGACUGA